UUUCUAUUCCACAGCUGUGACUGUGGCUCGUCUACUCUGCGCAUGCGCGCAAAGUAAUUCGACCCUCAAACCCGGAUGUAACCAACGCCUAACCUGUCCGAAGAAAAACGAUGCAGACUAUAAAAUGUGUAGUGGUGGGGGACGGUGCGGUAGGAAAGACCUGCUUACUGAUCUCCUACACGACAAACAAGUUCCCCUCAGAAUAUGUUCCCACGGUUUUUGACAAUUAUGCUGUGACAGUGAUGAUCGGGGGGGAGCCUUACACACUCGGCUUAUUUGACACAGCAGGUCAGGAGGAUUACGACCGGCUGCGUCCCCUCAGCUAUCCACAGACGGACGUGUUCCUCGUAUGUUUCUCUGUCGUCUCCCCCUCAUCGUUUGAGAACGUCAAAGAGAAGUGGGUCCCUGAGAUCUCUCACCACUGCCCACGCACACCCUUCCUGUUAGUGGGCACGCAGGUGGAUCUGCGGGAGGACAGCAACACCAUCGACAAGCUGGCGAAGAACAAACAGCGGCCGCUGUACCCAGAGAGCGGAGAGAAGCUCGCUCGUGAGCUCAAGGCUGUCAAAUACGUGGAGUGCUCUGCGCUGACACAGCGAGGGCUUAAGAAUGUGUUCGACGAGGCCAUCCUGGCCGCCCUGGAGCCUCCCGAGACCAAAACCAAGAGAAAGUGCGUCCUGCUAUAGAUGAAGUACGACAGCGGGAGACGUAGCGGUGUAAGAAAUAGGUGGGGCGAAUCAAAACUUCAGAGAGAUCAAUGGCCAGCAUGAAAAAAAGAAAAGGGGGAAGGGCGGUCCAAUGCCUUAGAGACUUAUUAAAACACGUGUACACUGAUUGUGCCUUCAAAAUAAACUUUGAAAGAGGCUGAGGGAGCAAACCUUCAGCAGCAGUAAGUGUCGACCUUCUCCUUUUCUCCAAGCUUUUAGAAAUAACAAUGUUCUCUUUCCAAAUAUUCAGGUGGGGCGGGCCCCCCCCUGCCUGUCACUGUUUUUUUUUUUUUAAGAUUAUUUUAUAUAGUUGCCGUUUGACCUCCUCUGUGUUUUACUUAUUGGGGCUUUUAAACUCAGUAUGGGGAACUCUAAACGGGGAACACUUCUAACAUUAAGGUUUCAUGGUGAACGUUGGUUAGUACACGUAAACGGGCGACUUAAUGUGAAGCGCUGCUCCGUUUGUUUUCUCCUCUGACCCGUUUGGAUCGAGUAAUGAAAGCACAAGAGUUUAUUAUCACUCCAAACAAAGAUGUCUGUUGACGUAACUUUUGUUGAGGCCAAGUGUGCGUUUUUACCAAUUACCCUUCUGUUGAAUUCUGUUUUAUUCUUUCAUGUUUAUUGUAUUAAUUCUGUCACUUUGUUUUUGGGAAAUGUUAAGCAGUCAUUUUGAAACUUUUGACUUUGAGAAAUUGAUACUCUAACAAAGUAAGUUGUGAUGUUUUGAUCUUCAUCUCGAGAUGACAGAUUGAGGUGAUAACCUUUUUUUUGCAAAGUAAAAUUUCUUGGUGUUUGUAAUCACAGGAUAUUUUUAAUAAAAUGGUUUAAUGAUGCGGAAAGA